AAAUGGCGACUACCACUUCUGAAAGGAAACACGUGUUAAUGUUUACCUUUUAAUUUCUUGCAAAAAGAUGCCAACUGGGAGUAAAAUUUUUUCAGGAUAUCGAGCUCUUGGGUUUGUGAGCGAUCAUGUGCCUCUUGCAACACGAUAUAAUAAGAGAUUGAAAGAGAAUUACGUCAUAACAAGCGUGGGAAAAUCUUUCCACACUUACAAUUGUUCCCGAUUAGGAAUAACAAAUAUAAGUGAUGUCCAUCCAGACAACAUUACAUGUAUCGCUGUAAACAACAGAUAUGUUUUCACUGGUUGUGGAAAUGUUGUCCGAGCCUUCAAAAGAAGCAGACAGCUUGUUCACACAUUUGAGGGUCACUCAUGUGAGGUUCAUCUUCUUCUCCCAUUUGGAAACCAUCUCAUCUCUAUUGACAUUCAUAGCAAUCUGAAGAUCUGGGAUGUAGAAAAUGGAGGGGUGUACCUGGAGAUGGAGUUUAGUAAUUCCACUUUUCACAUCACAGCCAUGGUACAUCCCAGCACAUACCUCAACAAGAUUGUCCUGGGCAGCAAACAAGGCACACUACAACUAUGGAAUAUCCUCAAAGACAAAAUGCUCUACUCCUUCAGUGGCUGGGGAUCUCCAGUCACAGUCCUACAACAGUCUCCAGCCAUUGAUGUAAUUGCAGUAGGUCUGAGUGAUGGAAGGACAGUGUUACACAACAUUAAGUAUGAUGAAGUCAUCAUGAACUUCCAGCAGGAUUGGGGACCAGUGUCUGCCAUCUCCUUCAGAACAGAUGGUCACCCUAUCAUGAUAACAGGAAGUACAGUAGGCCACAUCGCUCUUUGGAACUUGGAGGAGAAAAAGCUCCAAAGUCAGAUCAGACACGCCCACCACAGUACAGUGUCUGGGAUGAGUUGUCUCCCUUCAGAACCACUGAUGGUCACAUCAGCCGCAGACAAUUCACUCAAAGUAUGGAUCUUUGAUUUACCUGAUGGUGGAGGUCGGUUACUGAGGCAAAGAUCAGGUCACAGUGCUCCACCAAACGCCAUUCAUCACUAUGGUUACAAUGGCAAAAAUAUUCUAAGUGCAGGACAGGACAGUGUUUUACGAUCAUUUUCCACUAUUCACGACUCUGAAAACAAGAGCUUAGGACGGGCAAGCUACAACAAAGCUGAGACAAAGAGGACUGGUCUCCUAAAGGACAAACACAUGAUGCCCCCCAUUACAGCAUUUGCUGCAGAUGUUUCCCGGGCGAGUGAUUGGGACAAUAUUGUUGCAUGUCACAGAGGACUUGCUCAGGUGACAACAUGGAAUUAUCAGAGAGGCACCAUGGGAAAAUUCCGUCUUUGUCAUCCACGAUUUGAGGAGAAACAGUUCAGAUCAGCCACAGCCCAAUGUGUUGAUAUCAGCAGCUGUGGAAACUUCUGUGUGAUUGGCUAUAGCACAGGUCAUGUGGACAAGUACAACCUUCAAUCAGGGAUACACAGGGGAUCCAUAGGGGACCCAGCCCAUACCUGUGGAGUGAUGGGGGUUGCAGUAGAUGGAAUGAACCAGAUCCUGGUGACUGCAGGCCUGGAUGGGGAAAUUCGGUUCUGGGGGUUUAAGAAGCACCAGAAAAUUGACACUUUACAGACAGAAAACUACAUUUCAGGGAUUGUACUGCACAGGGAAAGCUCGAUGUUGGCUGUAGCAUUGGACAAUUUCCAGAUCUUUGUGGUGGAUUUAGAUACUCGUAGAGUGGUCAGGAAGUUUCAGGGUCACAGUAACAAGGUGACGGGGAUGUCAUUUAGUCCUGAUGCUCGCUGGUUGAUCUCAUCCGCCAUGGAUUGUACAGUCAGAUCAUGGGACUUGCCCUCUGGAAGGUUGGUAGACUGUUUCUCAGUGGAGAUGGCCGUGACCUCUCUGUCGAUGUCCCCGACCGCAGAUUUCCUGGUCACCAGUCAUGUGGACAGUGUAGGAGUGUAUACCUGGUACAACAAGACCCUCCUCUCCCACGUAUCCCUGGCCCCACUCCCAGACGAUUACCAACCACAGGAAGUGGAAAUGCCUGACACACGAUUCACUGCAGCAGAUGACAACCAAAAUGCUGAAGAUGACAUGGUGCUGGAUGAUGUAGAUGAUUACGCUUCCCCAGAACAAUUAUCCUCCGAGUUAGUGACCUUGUCUCUUCUUCCUAACUCCCGCUGGCACAACCUCCUCAAUCUGGAUGUCAUUAAGAUGAGAAAUAAACCAAAAGAACCCCCUAAAGUUCCUAAGGCAGCACCUUUCUUUUUACCCACAAUUCCUGGCUUACAACCCAAGUUUGCUGUCCCUGAACACACAGAGGAAACAGACAAGAAGAAAUUGGGUGCUGAUCUUUCUCGGUUUAAUUCUCUUGGUGAACUUGGGCGUAGACUAGAUGAAGGAAAGGAGGAUCAGAGUGCUUUGGGAUAUCUGAAAGAACUUGGUCCCUCUGCUGUUGAUAACGAGAUUCGAUGUUUAGGACCUGAUGCGGGGGGAUCUGUGACAACUAUGUCCCAGUUCCUUCACUUGAUUAGUCAUGUUCUUGACACCAAGAAAGACUUUGAAGUGGCCAAUGCUUAUCUGGGACUUUUUCUAAAGAUUCAUGGUGAUACAAUAUCCAGUCAUCCUGAACUGGUUGAAGUUCUCAGAGAGGUGAAGGGAAAACUGAAUCAGACGUGGACUUCCAUACAGGAUCUGUUUACCUUGAAUUUAACACUUCUAACCCAUCUCAGGACAGCUAAAAUCUGAGAGAGAGAAAGAGAGAGAGAGAGAGAGAGAGAUGUGUGUGUAGAAGAGAAAGAGGGAAAACAUUUGUGCAUAAACAGUACACAAAUGUCUUACUUGAAUAAAAUAUCACUAUAAAUCUUUCUUUUACAUGAACCUUUUGUUUACAGAAUUAGAGAUGCUUACUCCUCCAUGGCAUCUGAUCCCACCUCUGUUUUCAGAGUUUCAUGUUGACUCUGCUCACAGUUUAUUUUGUGGAAUAGACUUUUGAGCAUGAUCACUGUUCUUUAUCUUUACAUUUCAUUAGAAGGGACUUGGGCUUUGCAUGGUGUUGAUGCAAUAGUCGUAAUUUAUAAUUAUAGUGAGCUGAGGUGAAAAGAAUAGAAAUAUGUUCAAUAGUUAUU